AUGAUGCUCCUAGUGACAGGACUUCUCCUGAUGCUCCAUCAUUCGGCGGCUGCGGUCUCGCUCAUGCUCAAUCUGGGCAUGGAUCACCCUGCUCGGACUCAAGGCGGUCGAGGCGGUAGUCCAGCUGGGCUAGAUGACCGGAGUACCGCUCCUGAUGAGCCCAGUACUGCUCCUGAAACUGCUGCUGGGAGGACAUUAUCUGCUGGUUCUCGAUCGCCAAUUGUCGGAACUAGGAGGUGA